UGAAUCCACGUAUUCGCCACGACCACUAUGAUGGAAAAAGUCCAAGCUUAGGAAAAUAGUUUAGACUUGGAGGUAUAUGCACAAGGUCUCAGUUUGAAUGGACCAGGUGCAGGCACUUAAACUCCCGCAGAUAAUAGAAUUACACUAGACUGCAUGUUGUCAUAAUAUCUAAAACAUAAAAGCAGGAAAUGAAAAUUUAUGUUACGUUAUACGUUAUAAGAAGGUUGUAUUCCAUGACGUGAACCUCUAAUUUUAAUUACAAGUCAUUAACAAAAUCUGCCGGUUCUUUCCCGAGGAGGUCACCGCUAAACGGUUUUUAUUGUCAACACUAUAAAGCACUAUCAGCACUAUUGUUGCGGGAACACAUAGUAAAUUACAAUGAAAAUUAUAACGUACAAGCGUCACGAUACGGCAUUAAUUGAGUUCGGUAUGACGUAUAUCGGUAUUGCUUCCUAUGCAGGCUCUAUUAUGUUAGAGUUUGUUUAGCGGUGGCGUACUUCCCGCGUGACGCAGGCGCUCAUUCAUCCGCCGAACGCCGCCCGCCGCGCUCAGUCUGUGAUCUAUGCGCCACGGGCAAGCACCGACAUGGAUCCAUUAACCAUCCACAUACAACACAACACUACCAACCAGUGAACAACGCCGAAAAAUAAUAAAGUUUAAAAUUGGAAUCGCGGACGCCGGCCGGCGCAUAACCUCAAAGUUUGACAGCUGCAGAAACGUCAGUGCACCGACUGCGCUGUGCUUGUAUGCCCCAGACGGUGCCACGGUCCGGCAGCAGCCCGGCGGCGGCUCAGGGCGAGCGCGCCGUGCCCGCCUCGCCCUCGGACCUGCAGCAGCUGCUGCGCCUGCUGGGCGCCCCCCCCUCCCCCGACCACAUGCCGCUCUCCCCGCCCGCGCCCCACAAGCCGCCGCCGCCCUACCCCGACCACCACGACACCACCUUCCUCGACAGGCUCUAUGACUUCGAGAGCUACCCCACCCCCAGCCCUUCAUCAGACGAAGGCUCCAUCCCCACGGUCGCCCUGCAGCCUCCCUCCCCGUACAGCUCGAUACAAUACUCCCCCAAUAUAUACAUAAAGGAGGAGCCAAACAGACUUUCGCUCCACGAGCUGACGUCGCCGUACCCGCUGUCGCCGUCGGGCUCCUGCGCGUCUUACAGCAGCCAGCGGCACCCCUCCCCCGCUCCUCACCUCCCCUCGCCCGCGCCGCACCACGACGAGUAUAUCGACAUCGAGGAGCUGUUGAAGGAGAACCAGAUCCUGCAGGAGCAGGUGUACCUCACGCCCAAGCGCGAGCUGGACGAGGGCGCGAGGGACCACGCGCUGCUACGGACAGCCCUAGAGGACACAUCCUUCCAGAGGCGGUUCAACCUCAAACCCGUGCCCUUGGAACUAGGGAGUGUUAAGAUGGAGGAGAGCAGCGGCGGAGUGUGCGAGGACUCGCUGGCCAACCCUGACAUCGACAAGGUGCUGUCGAUGGCGAUAGAGCAGUCCAAGAGAGAUGUGGACAACACUUGCACAGUACUCGGAAUCUCACCAGAUCCGAUGCAAUGGAGCAGCCACGACGUGAAGGCGUGGGUGAUGUUCACGCUCCAGCACUACCAGCUGCCGCUGGUGCCCGCCGACUACUUCUGCAUGGAUGGACCGGCCCUAGUCGCGUUGACCGAGGAUGAGUUCAACCAGAGAGCACCACAGGCUGGCAGCACACUAUACGCGCAGCUGGAGAUCUGGAAGGCUUCGAGGCACGAGGCGUGGAGGUCCAUGCAGUGGCCGGAGCCCGCGCAGCAGCUGUCCCCUAACCCCAAGCCUGCCGGGCUGCCCUCAGCUGACGACAUGAGUGAUGAAGAAGACGUGGAGUCCCCCUCCGCGGCGCCCCCCGGCAAGGCCAAGUCGGGCAGCACCCACAUACACCUGUGGCAAUUCCUCAAGGAACUCCUGGCUUCCCCACAACUGCAUGGAUCCGCGAUACGGUGGUUAGACCGAAGUAACGGGGUGUUCAAGAUUGAGGAUUCCGUCCGCGUGGCGAGGCUGUGGGGCAAGAGGAAGAACCGGCCUGCCAUGAACUAUGACAAGCUGUCGCGCAGCAUCAGGCAGUACUACAAGAAGGGCAUCAUGAAGAAGACGGAGAGGAGUCAAAGACUCGUCUACCAGUUCUGCCACCCGUAUUGCCUAUAAGCUACUCAAUACUCAAACUGUUGCAAUAUUCCCUAGUUGUAGUGUACUGUAAAUAUUUAUUGUUGUAAAUAGGAUAGCGAGAGCCGCGGUAAUGCGGACGACGAUGGCUGGUUGCAUUUUGUGAUUGCAACGCAAAAUGCAACGCAGUCGACACGUUUGGACGACCGAAUUUUCGCCGGCAUUCGGAGUGCGUCUGAAGCCGCGAAUUAAUAGGCGUCGUGUGUUUCCCUCCAUUCAAUUCGGGAAAGGUAAUUUUCUCUGGAAUUGUAUUGGACGGGACUUCGCUGUGUGCGUUUAGAAUAAGUUUUUUUUUACCAGCGAGUAAACGACCGCGAUGGCCAGAAUUAGUUUAAAUUCACAAAGUGCGUCAUCGUGCUCGUCGGAAGCUGGUAAUGUUUAUCCCAUAUAUCUAUGAUAUAUUUCGAGUACGUUCUAUGAACUUUUAAAUAUUAAGCGUCCUGUAAAUAAUUAAAAAGUUAUCUUGUAAGAUAAAAAGUAAGUGUAAGAUUAUCGAUAGAGAUUAAUAAUAUUAAUGUGUUUAAAAGUUCCGAGUUUAAUAAACUUUGUUACAUUAAAUGUAAGGAAUAUCGUGAUAAAGAUCUUUAGUUUUAGCGUCAAGAAAUUAAGGCGGGUAAUAAAAAUGCAAUAAACCUUUGGUGUUGCUAUAAAUUACGAAAUUUUGUGCCAAAUAGACAAGGAUUAAUUUUAUUCGGGACAAAAUUUUACUUAUUAUUGAAUAGACCCCGCCGAAGACUGUAUCAUAGUGCGGUGCUUGGGUAAACUUUAUAAUAGCUAUAUGAUAUAAUAUAAUUAUUGCAAUAUUAAUGUUAUAUAACAUUGUUGCUAGUUAAGUAUACAAUCAUCGCAGUUAGCGUUUGAUAUAGGUACCUACCUAAGUAAGAUAGGGUAUACAUACCUAAUAUUAUUACAGGACCAAACUAAUUUAGAUUUAAAAUGAAUAAACAUCUAAAUAAAAUUAAAUGGCCAUUUA